CGCCAUCACCGUCUCUCUAUUCCACCACCGUAAAACUCUCUCCAGUGCAAUGGCAACUCCUGAUAAAGAACUAAGCCACCACCACACCGUAACUCUCUCUCUCAAUUCCAUUGUUCUCUUCCAAAAUUCUCUAGAGACAAAUAGAAAGAGAUGGUCGGGAGUGGUUACAGUGGUAUGAGAUGUGGCCCUGGGCGGGGGAGGGUGCAGUGGUGAGGAGAUGAAAAAUUUGCAGAGCUGGGCAAUAUUGGGCGCUGGACAAUGUCUCUCUGGUGAGAUGAAGGGCCAUGUUGGAAUAAUAAAAACCAACUGAGGACACAAUUGGUAAAAUAAAUCUAUUCCGAUUACCCACUUCUCCUGGAAUACAAAUCCCUCCCUCAUGCAGGGAAUUCAAACCCUCCAAAAGCAGCAGUUGUAUUCCAGAAUUAGGAUGGGACCCACAUAAAUUUUGAUUCCUCCAAGUUAGGUAAACAAGGGAGUGUUCCGUAAUCAGAAUUUAAUCCCGUGUUUUGUUUCCGAUUACGGAUACGUAAAUGUGACAUUAUUUGACUUACAGAAGCUGAGUGAGUGCCUGCUGCAUUCUUUUUGGCAUGUAUAGUUUCCUCCAUCCUCGUUUUCCUUUUUUCCACCACCUCAGGUUCCAAACUUUAAGCUUCUCUCUCUCUCUCUCUCUCUCUCUCUCUCGUUUUCCUUUUUUCCACCACCUCAGGUUCCAAACUUUAAGCUUCUCUCUCUCUCUCUCUCUCUCACAUAUUUGAAUUCGAAGCCAUGAAGCAAAGCUUCAAAUCAGGCGCUGUCGUUGUUCUCUCCAUAUUUUUCAUCCUUUUUUCCUCAACAUUAUCGAUCCGUCUCUUAGUGUACAAAGAAGGACAAGAGAAGGUGAAGCUCAAUGAAAUGGUUAAUGGGGGUUCACUUGUAGAAUUGAAAGGCAGUGAACUAAUGAAUCAGCUUAUGGGGGUGGAGGAUUGUGUUGAUGGAGAUGAGGACUGUUCAAAGAGAAGGAUAAUGGCAGAAGCUCACUUGGACUACAUCUACACACAGCACCAUAAGCCUUGAUACUCCUCAUAUUUUCAACUCAAUAAUUCAUUUCUUGUUAUUUUCAUAAUCUCCUUUAUUAGGAGACAUUUGGAAAGCUAAUUAUCAGAUUGGAGAGAUAUAUCCUCCUUUUAACAUAAUGCAACAGUUACAUCUAAAGUA